AAUCAAGCGCCAUCAUGCCAAACGCAUGUGCAGUGCAGGUGGAUGGAUCGGUGUUUACAAAUUUCCGAACCGAACCGAACUGCUGUGCUAGGAAUUCCAUUUUGAACCAAUUAAGUGCCUCACCAGUGUUUUUUUUCCUGGCCUAAUCUUGAAUGGUAGUUUAAAGAAUGUAUCAUCAACGUCCCUAUGUCAACCCAAAUGGCUUCAUCCUACGCACACCGGUCUACCAACAACAAGGUGGUCACCAAACAGCGAACAGAACAAGGACUUCAACUAUCAGUUACCCUCCACCAGUUAUACUAAGCCAACAGAAGAUGAUGUCAGGACCUGGGGCAUACUCAAGAGAUGGUAUGAACAGCAGCCUGACUUCUAGAAAUACUUAUGAUGAUAAGUAUAGAACCCCAACUGUACAUCAACCACCAUGGAGUAAUCCUGUCCACCGAUAUGAUGGAAGGAACCGAGGGCCAAGUCUUCCCAGAAAGAGAGUUUUCCCAGACCACAAUGAAGAAGGACAGGUGAACAGAAAAAGAAGAAGGGAACCAGAAAAUAGCAAUGCUAGUACAUCAAAGAAGUUAAAGAGUACCGGUGCACCAGCAACAAACAGUGAGGCAUCCAGCAAUUAUACGCCUACCUCCUUAACAGAUACUGAUAUGCUUUCACAAGAUAUCUUGGAAAAUUUCCUGAAGAAAAAGCAAACAAAAGCUGAUCUAAGGAAGAAAGUAGCACUGAGAAAUGAACUUGUUCAAGUUAUCAAAAAACUUUAUCCAUAUGGGGGUUUGUUUUUAGUUGGUUCGUCUAUGAAUGGAUUUGGGAGUACAGAUAGUGAUGUGGACAUGUGCUUAAUAAUCUCUGAUAAUUCGAUUAGCCAGAGAAUUCAAGCAAAGCAAAUAUUACAUAGGCUACUGUCCGAACUUAGUAGACAAUGUUACCAUUUCAUGAGAAAAGCACUAGUGAUUCCAGCCAAAGUUCCAAUCUUAAAGUUUUUUGAUGGCAUAAGAAACCUUGAAUGCGACUUAAACAUCAACAAUGCAACAGGCAUCAGAAAUACUUAUCUAUUACAGCUUUAUUCAAAGCUGGAUUGGCGAGUGGCUCCGCUUGUUUUGACCAUUAAGCAGUGGGCCAGUGAAGUAGGAAUUAACGAUGCUAGUCAGGGCACCCUCUCAAGUUACUCCAUUGUCCUCAUGGUUUUAUACUACCUUCAAGUUGGCCCAAAACCACCAGUUCUCAUAUCAUUGCAGCAUAUAUAUCCACAAAAAUUUGUGAGCAAUGCAAGCGUCUGGGAUCUACAAAAUUUGGCCCCCGAAGAUGACCUACCAUCCUGGAUCUCCUUCAGGUCAACAAACAAGCAAUCCUUCAGGGAACUGCUCGAAGGAUUUAUCCUGUUCUAUACAAGUACCUUUCAUUUCGAUCGUGAUGUAGUAUCAGUCAGAUUAGGGCGCCCUCUAGCACUCAACACUAUUGAGCAUAUUGGUGAUUGGAAAAAGAAAUUCAUUCAUAUUGAAGAGCCAUUUGACAAGACCAACACAGCUCGAGCUGUAUACAGUGAACCCAAUUUUAGGAAAAUUAUGACUGCUCUGAGACGGGCGUCAAAUAAAUUAAGCAAAAACAAAAAUCUUAAGGUGCAAGACUUGUGUGUGCUGAGGUGACAAGGGCGCACUGAAAGCUAUGGCGUUACAGAGAGUAGCUCACACUGAAUUGUGUAAACUACUGAUGAUAUCAAAGGCAGUGAGCUGCUUAGAGCGAAGUUAGGUAGGAGCUACCACCAGCAAACAACCCAAGGAGUUGCUACCAAAAUAAAAACAUGGAGGUGCCUACCUGGAGCCAAGUAAGCUACCAAUGAAAUACAAAGUUAAGUAUGAAACAGUAAACAGACGACCAAAUAUGUUGCAGCUCCAAAGUGAUACAAGUUACUAGUACGCACAUACACAGACAAGUGUUGAUAACACAGCCAAUGUGCAAAUACUGUAAUGUGAUAUUAAAGACCUUAUAAACACAAGAUAGCAUUCGCUACGAUUUACGCCAUUUGUCAGAAAUGUAAUCACUUUUGGGAGAGGUCGUCCUAGUCGUUGCCAUGGAACUGAGAUGGCUCUGUACACGUGGUUGAUACCAAGUACGUCAAUUGUUUCUUAAGAAAGGGGGCACAUUGUAAAUCAACGCUUUAAAUAUUUACGUGUAAAGGUAAAGUCGCUCAGUGUACACUAUGGUCAAAACGGUCAAAGUUCAAAAAUAGUCACUUUUGCAAGAGGGCGCUGUACACUGUUAUUACAGCAUUUGCACGUGGUAAUCGCAGAGAACGCUAUCUUGUGUUUAUGAGGUCUUUGUGUAAUAUUUAGUAAUUCAAGCCGAGAGCCAACUAAUGGUGACAUUCAGUGAGUUCAAAACCACCAGAUCACAGUGAGGUUGCACCCAGAGCCAAGUGACCAGAAUUGUACAUUUUCAGGUCUCAAUGAGUCUGUAGGCUCUCAUUUGCAAUACAGUAUGUAAAAGAAUAUGUACAUUUUUAGUUCCAUGUGAGAAAAUGUUGAUUUUUGGAGGCUAGGGUUUUUGGCCUUGUUCGGUGGGAUUCUACAACAUUCUCUGCCAUUCAGGUUAAAAAAAUGUAUAUUUUUGGAUCACUUAAAAUAUAAAAUAACAUGCGCAUUGAAAUCGUGAACGUUUUCAAUGAGGAAAGUGAAUGGAUUUGUUUAUUGAUAUUUUAUCAAAAUUAUUCUAUUUUAUCUGUUACUUAUCUGUACAGUAGUUAUCAGAUGAUGUAAAAUCCAAAUAAUAUUACUGAAUUCUGCUUUAGUCUGCUCCAUUGGCAGCCUAGGUAAAGUUAUCAGAGUUAUGUAUAAAUGCAGUACUGUAGUGAUAAACUUCUGAUUGCAAGACAUUCAAUAUGUAAUUUACAGUUUAUUGGAAAAGCUAAAAUAAAUCACAUUUCAAGAACUAUAUUUGCUGCACUAUUAUCCAUUGGAUUUACAUUUUUGCAAUAGUUUUAAUGGUGACUCCUUAUGUUCUCCUAUGAAAUAUGUUCUUGUAGGUUUUAUAGUGUAAUUGUCUCAUUUAUGUGAUAGAAUCAGUUAAAUUUGAAAGUUUUGCUAUGGUAGGUAUGAAAUUUACAAUGCAACAUGACAAGUAAACUAAAAAAAUUUGCUCUGCUUGCUUUAUUUGUGAACAAACUUGCCAAAGAUGCCUUUUAUAGCCCAACUGCUGCCGUAACAUAUUUUGAAAAUUAUUGAUUUCGCGGAUAUUAAACAUGUUUUAGUAAUCGGUUAAAUUAAUAUUAGUUUAAUAAAUAUCUUACGUUUACAAUAAUACAUAAAUGUUAACACUUUAUUUUUGUU